AUGCGGAACAAUCUGGUGCUGCGAGCAAUGGGAGUACCGCAGUCCAGAAGGGCGGCCUUCGCAAAGCUGGUGAGCCGGAGAGUCCUGCUCUACUCCAACGAUCUGCUGAAAGAAUUUUUCCACGCCAACCGGCUGGAGGAAGAGGCCCCGAGUGAGAAGGUUUCUUCAACCACCCGUGGCAGCAUCAGUAAGAGUCAUAUUUACUGACGCCGUUUGCCCACGCUUCAUUGAAUUUCUUCACUUGACAUGAGGAGCACCAGCAAUUUUUUAAUUGUGUGUAGAGUACAACUUCAGCUGUCUAACAAGAACGGCAUUACAUUUCUAUGGUCUAUUUGGCUAAAUACAGUUGAAGUCGGAAGUUUACAUACACCUUAGCCAAAUACAUUUCAACUCAGUUUUUCACAAUUUCUGACAUUUAAUCCUAGUAAAAAUUCCCUGUCUUAGGUCAGUUAGAAUAACCACUUUAUUUUAAAAAUGUGAAAUGUCAGAAUAAUAGUAGAGCGAAUGAUUUAUUUCAGCUUUUAUUUAUUUAAUCACAUUCCCAGAGGGUCAGAAGUUUACAUACAUUCAAUUAGUAUUUGGUAGCAUUGCCUUUAAAUUGUUUAACUUGGGUCAAACAUUUCGGGUAGCCUUCCACAAGCUUCCCACAAUAAGUUGGGUGAAUUUUGGCCCAUUCCUCUUAACAGGGCCUGUGUAACUGAGUCAGGUUUGUAGGCCUCCUUGCGCGCACACGCUUUUUCAGUUCUGCCCACACAUUUUCUAUAGGAUUGAGGUCAAAGCUUUGUGAUGGCCACUCCAAUACCUUGACUUUGUUGUCCUUAAGCCAUUUUGCAACAACUUUGGAAGUAUGCUUGGGUUCAUUGUCCAUUUGGAAGACCAAUUUGCGACCAAGCUUUAACUUCCUGACUGAUGUCUUCAGAUGUUGCUUCGAUAUAUCCACAUAAUUUUCCUUCCUCAUGAUGCCAUCUAUUUUGUGAAGUGCACCAGUCCAUCCUGCAGCAAAGCACCCCCACGUCAUGAUGCUGCCACCCCCAUGCUUCACGGUUAGGAUGGUGUUCUUCGGCUUGCAAGCAUUCCCCUUUUUCCUCCAAACAUAACGAUGGUCAUUAUGGCUAAAUAGUUAUAUUUUUGUUUCAUCAGACCAGAGGGCAUUUCUCCAAAAAGUACGAUCUUUGUCCCCAUGUGCAGUUGCAAACCGUAGUCUGGCUUUUUUAUGGCAGUUUUGGAGCAGUGGCUUCAUCCUUGCUGAGUGGCCUUUCAGGUUAUGUUGAUAUAGGACAAAUUUAUCUGUGGAUAUAGAUACUUUUGUACCUGUUUCCUCCAGCAUCUUCACAAGGUCCUUUGCUGUUGUUCUGGGAUUGAUUUGCACUUUUCGCACCAAAGUACGUUCAUCUCUAGGAGACAGAACGCGUCUCCUUCCUGAGUGGUAUGACAGCUCCAUGGUCCCAUGGUGUUUAUACUUGUGUACUAUUGUUUGUACAGAUGAACUUGGUACCUUCAGGCAUUUUGAAAUUGCUCCCAAGGAUGAACCAGACUUAUGGAGGUCUACAAUUUCUUUGGCUGAUUUCUUUUGAUUUUCCCAUAAUGUCAAGCAAAGAGGCACUGAGUUUUAAGGUAGGCCUUGAAAUACAUCCAUAUGUACACCUCCAAUUGACUCAAAUGAUGUAAUGAGUGUCAGUGUAAUGCGGUUGAUCGAAGUCAUACGCAGGACACAGAACUCGAGGAAACGUACUUUACUGAACUUGAGUAAAGAUAACAACACAGCAAUACCUUCACGCAGGAAGGAACUAACCCGCUCACCAAAUGACACACGAAACGAAAAACAACCACGCACAAGACACAUUGGGAGCACCUGGGUUAAAUAGGGUAGGCGUGAUUACACAAAUGGGAAACAGGUGUGUGACAUAGACAACAGGUGCAACAUAGACACAUAUAACAUAGAUCGGCAGCAGCUAGUAUUCCGGUGACGACGAACGCCGCAGCCUGCCCGAGCAAGGAGGAGGGGCAGCCUCGGCAGAAUCCGUGACAGUACCCACCCCCCCUGACGCGCGGCUCCAGCUGGGCAGGUGUCUAGGAGCCUUACACUGGGUGCACAACGAGCAGGAAGAAACAUAAACCCUCACGUCCUUAGCUAAGGUGGGCCACCAUUACUUCCCACUAAGACAAUGCACUGUCCGACCGAUACCAGGAUGACCAGAGGAGGGUGACGUGUGAGCCCAAUAGAUCAACCGAUCGCGGACCUCCAGCGGAACGUACACAUGACCCUCUGGACACUGGGGAGGAGUGUGUUCUUUAUGCAACGCCCGCUUGAUGUCCGCGUCCACUUCCCACACCACCGGUGCCACCAGAUACGACGCCGGAAGUAUGGGAGUGGGCUCCACGGAACUCUCCUCCAUGUCAUACAGUCGGGACAGAGCAUCUGCCUUAGCAUUCUGGGAGCCUGGCCUGUACGAAAAGGUGAAACAAAAACAGGUGAGAAACAUUGACCACCUUGCCUGGCGAGGGUUUAAUCUCUUCGCCGCCCGGAUGUACUCCAGAUUGCGGUGGUCAGUCAAAAUGAGAAAAGGGUGGUUAGCCCCCUCAAGCCAAUGUCUCCACGUUUUCAGGGCUUGGACCACGGCCAACAGCUCUCGGUCCCCCACACCAUAGUUGCGCUCCGCCGGACUGAGCUUCUUGGAAAAGAAUGCACAGGUUUGGAGCUUGGGUGGUGUGCCCGAGCUCUGGGAAAGUACAGCACCUAUCCCAGCCUCUGACGCGUCCACCUCAACUGUGAAGGCGAAGGAGGGAUCCGGAUGAGCCAGAACUGGAGCCGAGGUAAACGGGCUCUUCAGACGAUUGAAAGCCCUUUCCGCCUCAGCUGACCACCGCAAGCGCACCGGUCCCCCCUUCAGCAAUGAGGUAAUGGGAGCCGCUACCUGACCAAAGCCCCGUAUAAACCUCCAGUAGUAAUUGGCAAAUCCCAAAUAUUGCUGCACCUCCUUCACCGUGGUUGGAGUCGGCCAAUUACACAUGGCCAAAAUGCGGUCACUCUCCAUUUUCACCCCAGACGCGGACAUGUGUUACCCUAGGAAGGAGAUGGACUCCUGAAAGAAUGAGCACUUCUCCGCCUUGGCAUACAGGUCAUGCUUCAACAAUUGUCCAAGUACGUUACGCACCAGGGACACAUGCUCUGCCCGUGUAGCGGAGUAUAUGAGGAUGUCAUCAAUAUACACCACUACACCCUGUCCGUACAGAUCCCUGAAAAUCUCAUCGACGAAGGCUUGGAAGACUGAUGGAGCAUUCAUCAACCCGUAUGGCAUGACGAGGUACUCAUAGUGUCCUGAGGUAGUGCUGAAAGCCAUCUUCCACUCAUCUCCCUCCCGAAUACGCACCAGAUUGUACGCGCUCCUGAGAUCCAAUUUCGUGAAGAAGUGCGCUCCGUGCAGUGAUUCCGUCAUACAUGCUAUCAGAUGUAAGGGAUAGCUGUACUUGACAGUGAUCUGAUUAAGCCCAUGGUAAUCAAUGCACGGGCGUAACCCACCAUCCUUCUUCUUCACGAAAAAGAAACUUGAGGAAUCGGGUGAAGUGGAAGGCCGAAUGUAUCCCUGUCUCAGCGAAUCGGAGACAUAUGUUUCCAUAGCCGCCUUCUCCGCCUGUGACAGAGGAUACACGUGACUCCGGGGAAGUGCAGCGCCUACCUGGAGAUUUAUCACACAAUCCCCUGGACGAUGGGGUGGUAAUUUAGUCGCCCUCUUCUUACUGAAGGCGAGAGCCAAAUCGGCAUACUCAGAAGGAAUGUGCACUGUGGAUACCUGGUUUGGACUCUCCACCGUAGUAGCCCCCAAGGAAACCCCUACACACCUCCCCAAGCACUGACUGGACCAUCCCUUGAGAGCCCUCUGUUGCCAGGAAAUAGUGGGAUCAUGAGUGGAAACCAGUUAACCAGGGAAGUCCCAACACCACAUGAUAUGCAGGAGAAUCAAUCAGAUAGAGACUAAUCCUCUCCUCAUGACCCCCCUGCGUCCUCAUAGAGAGUGGUGCGGUAACCUCCCUGAUUAGACCUGACCCUAGCGGGCGACUAUCUAAUGUGUGGACAGGAAAAGGCACAUCAACACGAACAGUAGGAAAACUCCGGAAACACAACCUCUAUAAACAACUGACCAACAGGGAGCUCUGGGUGAGUCGGGUGCCUACUCACCAAGAUGGUCGACCAGUGCUCUGCUUACUGCCUCGACUCCCUGGGGACCCUCCCCAGCACCAAAACGCAGUGUGUCCUCUGCGGCCACAGUUGGUGCAGGGGACGGCCCCUCUCCUGGUCUCCCUAAGUGCAGCACCUCCGAGCUCCAUGGGGGUAGAGUCGGAGGUGCUGGGGGAUGAAAGUCUGCGGGUCUCCAACAGGUUAUCCAGCCUGAUGGACAUCUCCACCAGUUGGUCCAGAUUGAGAUUGGUAUCCCUGCAGGCCAGUUCCCGCCGAACGUCCUCCCUUAGGCUGCACCAAUAGUGGUCGAUCAGGGCCCUCUCAUUCCAUCCGGCGCUGCCAAUGUCCUGAACUCCAGCGCAAAAUCCUGGGCGCUCCUCCUCUCCUGUCGUAGGUGGAACAGACGCUCGCCCGCCACUCUCCCCUCUGGUGGAUGAUCGAAUACCGCCCGGAAGCGGCGGGUGAACUCCUCGUAGCGGAACGAUGCAGCAUCAAUUCCUCCCCACUCGGCGUUGGCCCACUCGAGCGCCUUCCCCGACAGACAGGAGAUGAGGGCGGACACGCUCUCGUAUCCCGAGGGCGCCGGGUGGAUGGUUGCCAGGUAGAGCUCUACCUGGAGCAGGAAACCCGGCUGGUGUACCGUCAUAUGCCCUCGGGAGCGAGAGCCGAAACCCACUGGGCCCAGGUGGAGAAGAGGUGGUCUGUGGUAUGGGUGGUAGAGUGGUUGGAGGAGGUGUGGGAAGGCCACCUCUCUCCCAACGGUUCAUCGUGUUCAUCACCCUCUCCAUGGCGGUGCCGAGCACCUGGAUGACACUCUCCUGUUGUUGAAAACGUUCCUCCAUAGAUUCGGACUGACGAGCUGUAUCUGCUGACUCCAUAGAUGGUGCGUGGUUCUGUAACGAGUGUCAGUGUAAUGCGGUGGAUCGAAGUCAGGCGCAGGACACAGAACUUGAGGAAUCGUACUUUACUGAACUUGAGUAAAGAAAACAACACAGCAAUACCUUCACGCAGGAAGGAACUAACCCGCUCACCAAACGACACACGAAACAAAAAGCAACCACGCACAAGACACAUUGGGAGCACCUGGGUAAAAUAGGGUAGGCGUGAUUACACAAAUAGGAAACAGGUGUGUGACAUAGACAACAGGUGCAACAUAGACACAUAUAACAUAGAUCGGCAGCAGCUAGUAUUCCGGUGACGACGAACGCCGCAGCCUGCCCGAGCAAGGAGGAGGGGCAGCCUCAGCAGAAUCCGUGACAAAUGAUGUCAAUUGGCCUAUCAGAAGCUUCUAAAGCAUGACAUAAUUUUCUGGAAUUGUGAUACAGUGAAUUAUAAGUGAAAUAAUCUGUCUGUAAACAAUUGUUGGAAAAAUGACUUGUGUCAUGCACAAAGUGAUGUCCUAACCGACUUGCCAAAACCAUCGUUUGUUAUCAAGACAUUUGUGGAGUGGUUGAAAAACAAGUUUUAAUGACUCCAACCUAAGUGUAUGUAAACUUCUGACUUCAACUGUAUAAGGAUGUGGCUGUCUAACCACACACUGUCAUUCACAGCUCUCUGGGUGAAGUUCUGUCUUUAAGUCUCCAGUGACUGAUGAAGUUGCUUCCAUCUAUGUAAUGUUUUACAGGUUAUGGACCGGUGCAGUCAGGUGGCAGGAGGGGUGGAGUGCAUUACACUCCAUCCUGGAUAUGACACAGUUUGCCUCAUGGGUCCAGCAGGCAGAGUUUAAUAACUACAGGCAGAUGCAGGACAAUUGCACUCUUCUCAUACCCAUAUUCUGACCAAUUCUAAUCUUCCUCCAGGGGGAGAAGAGUGCAAUUGCUGAACUUAUGUAGAUAUUGUAAGCAAAGUGUUUUGAUAACUUUCAAGUGUAACAGUUCCAUGUAGAAUAAACCAUUCUUCACAUAAUUCUGUAGAAGCCGUGUUCUACUAAUAUAACAAUGUUUACACUGUAUUUCAUCUUCUAUAUGAAAUACAGUGUAAACAUUAUUAUUAUUAUCAUUCUAUUGUCAUUCCUUGUACAUGCACAUGUAUCUGGCAAAUAAAGGUGAUUCUGAUUCUUAUAUUACUAAACACUUGUGAUGUACUGUCUUAAUUGUAAUCACCUUUAGUCCCUUCUGAGGUGUUUGCCAGCACCUGAUGUGCAUGGCAGUGUAGAUCAGCUCCAGGCCCCUCUCGUCACAGAUACUGGUCAAGAAGCAGCCUGUCUUACAGAUCUGACCCAGCUCCUAUAUCACAGAGGGAGGGACUGAGAGAAGCCAGAAGUAAAUACACAGUUGAACAUAGCCAAUCAUAUAUCAUGAUACACAGCUAAUUCACAAGUGCCAGCAUGGCAGCUCUGUACAUUGCUGAAUACUUGCUAACUUUGAGUUUGGAUCCCGCGACAAAGUUGGCAUCAGUUGCUGGGACUGCUGUCCAGUGAUCCUGCUGACCAAGGCCGGGUCUGAGGAGCUAUUUGGCGUAGCAGCUAGCCUAACUGCUAGAUCACUGCCUAUCAAGCUAGCAGGGUUUUCUUGAGGGCUUGAACGCAGCCUGCGACGCGGUUAGCCAUUGUGGCUGAGACCGCGGAUUGUCCCGGGUUUGUGGCUGUCUAGAUCCCUGCUGUCUGUUGUUGUUUUCAAUAUUCCCUGUGACCUGCCCUGUCUGGAACUGCGAGGAGUAACAGCGUAACCUACGUUGCUAGCUACCAUGACAAAGACCAAAGCUGGUGGGAGUACCGUUGAGGACCGUGGUGUCUCUUUAUCACAGGUGAAGGAUCUUUUUAAACAAACAAAAAUAGUUCUACAAGAAGUUGUUACAACAAAGUGAAAAUAGCUUCAAGUGUUUUGUCCAAAUACUGGUGAAGUCAACUAAUACAAUAAUGGAAUGGACCUGACCAGAAUGGACCUGACCAAAAAGGUCCAGGACCUGAAGAACAGUUUGCAGUUUUCCCAGGGAUAGCUCGAUGAGUUUAAACAGGAGAACGGCAAGAUGACAUCAAUCUGUAAGUCAUUGAGAGAGGACAUCAGUUCUGUGUGUGAAUCCAUGAUAACAAUGACGGAGAAAUCCGAUUAUCUCGAGGGACAAUCAAGGCGGAACAACCUGGUUGUGGACGGAAUUGCAGAAUCUCCACAUGAGACCUGGACGGAGUCUGAGGACAAAGUGAGGGAAAUCAUCUUGGAGAAAUUGAAGAUGGACCACAGGAAGAUUGAAGUGGAGCGCACCCACAGAACUGGAAAACUCACCACUGGCCCAGGUGACAGGCCCAGGCCAAUAGUGGUCAAGUUCCUGAGGUUCAAUGACAAUGUAGCUGUUCUGGAAGGAGCCAAUAACUUGAGAGGAACGUUUAUCUUCCUCAACGAGGAGUAUCCUGAAGCUGUGCGCCAGAAGACAAAAUAACUUAUCCCUGCCAUGAAAGCUGCCAGAGCGCGUGGGGACAUUGCUUACAUCUGCUAUGCCAGGCUCAUUGUCCACCCUCCCUCCCAGAAGUCUGGAAGGGAUGAGAGAGCCAAGCCUAUGGUUUCGUAGCUUCAACCCCGCAGCACACACAAAUAAAUGAUAAUGUAUGUGAUAUCAAUAGAGAGGUAUAUUUUCUGGGUGAUUUUAAAUAUUGACUGGCUUUCAUCAGGCUGCCCACUCAAGAUAAAGCUUCAAACUGUAACUAGUGCCUGCAACGUGGUUCAGGAUAUCAAUCAACCUACCAGGGUAGUUACAAACAGCACAGGAAUGAAAUCAUCAACAUGUAUUGAUCAAGUGUUGUUGAAGUGUUGUGGUUGCAGGUUCACUUGGCACAUCUAAAGCCUUUCUUUUGGGGUGUUGCUAUAGGCCACAAAGUGCUAACAGUUAGUAUCUAAAUAAUAUGUGUGAAAUGCUUGAUAGCGUAUGUAAUGUAAACAGAGAGGUCUACUUUCUUGGGGACCUGAAUAUUGACUGGUUUUCAUCAAGCUGUCUGCUCAAGAGGAAGCUUCUCACUGUAACCAGCGCCUGUAAUCUGGUUCAGGUUAUUAAUCAACCUACCAGGGUGUUUACAAACACUACAGGAACAAGAUCAUCCACAUGUAUCGAUCACAUUUUUACGACGCUGCACCUGAUGAAUUUAUCAAAUUGCUUCUUCCAAUUAUUGAUAAACAUACAUAUAUUAAGAAACUGACUUUUAGAACUGUUAAGGCUCCAUGGAUUGAUGAGGAAUUGAAAAAAUGUAUGGCUGAAAGAGAUGGGGCAAAAGGCGUCUGGCUGCACAUCUGACUGGCUGACUUACUGCAAAUUGAGAAAUUAUGUGACUAAACUCAACAAAAAUAAUAAGAAGCUGUAUUAUGAAGCCAAGAUCAAUGAUAUAAAGAAUGAUAGAAAAAAAACGUUAGAGUACUUUAAAUGAAAUUAUGGGCAGAAAGACAAAUUAAACUCCAUCUUAAUUAAAAUCAGAUUGCUUACUCAUCACAAAACCAUUUGAUGUUGCCAAUUAUUUCAAUGAUUACUUCAUUGGCAAAGUGGGCAAACUUAGGCAGGAAAUGCCAACAAUGAACAGUGAGCCAUCAUGUUCAUGUAUAAAAAAAAAUUAUAAUGAAAGAAAAGCAUUUGUUCCCUCACUGUAGGCUACGUGUGUGUGCCUUUUUAAAAUUGAUGUAGUUCUGUCCUUGAGCUGUGCUUCUCAAUUAAUGUUCUGUAUAAUGUCAUGUUUCAUCUUUUGUGUGGACCCCAGGAAGGGUAGCAGCUGCUUUUGCAACAGCUAAUGGGGAUCCUAAUAAAAUACCAAUACAUGUUUUGCUACUUGCUGCCAGAGCCAUAGCUAUACUUGUAGUACUAGAACAUUAUUGAAAGCAAAGUGGUUACUAAAUAGUAUCCAAAUACCUGCUCUGUAUUUGUAUUUUUUAUGGAUCCUCAUUAGCGGCUGCCAAGGCAACAGCUACUCUUCCUGAGGUCCAACCACAAUUUACAUACAAUAAAACAAUACAUAACACAACACCUUAUUACACACUACUCUACCAUAACAUAUUUACAAUACAAAAUCAAUAAUACAGCAAAAUAACAAUAUUAAAAUGUGUGUGUGUUAGCAUGUGUUUGCGAAUGCUGUGUGUGCCUGUGUUUGUGUGUGUGUGUGUGUGUGUCUCUUCACAGUCUGCGCUGUUCCAUAAUUGUAUCUGAUUUUACUGCUUGACUGAGUUACAUGAUGUGGAAUAGAGUUCCAUGUAGUCAUGGCUCUAUGUAGUACUGUGCAUUUCCCAUAGUCUGUUCUAGACUUGGGGACUGUGAAGAGACCUCUGGUGGCAUGUCUCGUGGGGUAUGCAUGGGUGUCAAAUUUACAAUGGUUGUCUUUCAUAAUUUGGUCAGAUAUACUUGGAUGUGUAGUGUCAGCAAUUGUUGCUGGCAUGUCAUGCCUAAGUUUGCUAAUUUUGCCAAUGAAAAAAUUAUUAAAGUAGUUGGUAAUAUCAGUUGUUUUUGUGAUGAAUGAGCCAUCUGAUUCAAUGAACGAUGGAGCUGAGUUUGCCAUUUUGCCCAAAAUUUCAUUUAAGGUGCUCCAAAGAUUUUUACUAUCAUUCUUUAUGUCAUUUAUCCUUGUUUCAUAGUGUUGUUUCUUCUUCUUUGUAUUCAGUUUAGUCACAUGAUUUCUCAAUUUGCAAUCCGUUUGCCAAUCGGUUGUACAGCCAGACUUAUUUGCCUUUCCUUUUGCCUCAUCCCUCUCAACCAUACAAUUGUUAAAUUCCUCAUAAAUCCAGGGGGAUUUAACAAUUUUUACAGUCAUUUUCUUAAUGGGUGCAUGCUUAUUAAUAACUGGAAUAAGCAAUUUCAUAAAUGUGUCAAGUGCAGUGUCUGUCUGCUCCUCAUUACACACCACGGACCAACAUAUAUUCUUUACAUCAACAACAUAGGAAUCACUACAAAACUUAUUGUGGUCCUCUGUAGCUCAAUUGGUAGAGCAUGGCGCUUGUAACACCAGGGUAGUGGGUUCGAUCCCCGGGACCACCCAUACGUAAAAAUGUAUGCACGCAUGACUGUAAGUCGCUUUGGAUAAAAACAUCUGCUAAAUGGCUUAUUAUUAUUACCUCUUAUACACAAUAUUAGGCCCAGCCUUUGGUUUUCCUAGAUCUGGCUACUAUAUUGGGCCAAUUGUGCACCGCCCCAUGGGUCUCCCGGUCGCGGACGGCUACGACAGAGCCUGGAUUCAAACCAGGAUAUCUAGUUGCACAUCAAGCACUGCGAUGCAGUGCCUUAGACCACUGCGCCACUCGGGAGGCUUUCAAACGAAUCAAUAGUAAAGAUAUGAUCAAUUCAUGUUGAUGAUUUAAUUCCUGUACUGUUUGUAACUACCCUGGUAGGUUGACUGAUAACCUGAACCAGGUUGAAUGCACUGGUUACAGUUUCAAGCUUUCUCUUGAGUGGGCAGCCUGAUAAAAGCCAGUCAAUAUUUAAAUCACCCAGAAAGUAUACCUCUCUAUUGAUAUCACAUACAUUAUCAAGCAUUUCUCACAUGUUAUCCAGAUACUGACUGUUAGCACUUGGUGGUCUAUAGCAGCUUCCCACCAGAAUUGGCUUUAGGUGAGGCAGAUGAACCUGUAGCCAUAUUACUUCAACAGUAUUUAACAUGAGAUCCUCUCUAAUCUUCACAGGAAUGUGGUUCUGAACAGCAACACCUCCACCAUUGGCAUUUCUAAAUUUUCUGUAAAUGUUAUAACCUUGUAUUGCUACUACUGUAUCCUCAAAGGUAUUAUCUGAGUGAGUUUCAGAUAUAGUCAGAAUAUGAAUGUCAUCUGUUACUAGCAAAUGAUUGAUUUCAUGAACCUUGUUUCUUAAGAUACAUAUGUCAACGUGGGCUAUUUUGAGCACUUUUCUUCUGGGAUGCUUACUUAUUUUUAUUGCUUUACUGGGAAACUUAGCAGCGGUAGAUGUGGUCAUGUUGUUUAUGUUAGUGCAGGGUGAGCUGCACACAGUGGCCUUCCUCCUCGGGCACACCGGCUCAGUGCUAACAGUAUAAAUCUGGUUCUUAGGCACAUGAUUACUGCAUACAAUAGCUGUAGGAUCAGCAGAGGCAUUCAGGGCAGUUAGAGGGACAUAAAUUAGGUUACUUAUAUUGUGUCUACCUACGCCCCUGUUGUAAUGUACAUUUGCUGAAGCAUUUUGACAACUCUACGUCACAAUGGUAGGGAUUAGCUGAGCUGGGCCAUUGGUAAGUCAUUGUCUCAACGCAGCCUUAUAAUGCUGUGAAAGGAUCCAGGAACCCAAAUGAUUUGGGUGGAUCCCAUCCUCCUUAUAAAACGUGUUUUGUUUCCAAAAGGUAUCGAAAUUGUCAACAAAUGUUACACCAAUUGAGCUGCAAUAAUCACGUGGCCAAUUGUGAAGAGCAAGAAUCCUGCUAAAGCGUUCAAUGCCACGAUUCAGAGAGGGCACAGGGCCAGAUAUGAUGGGGUUUGUGUUAGUGUCUAGCAGUGAGUCAGUCAGUUCUUUAAAAUCCAGUUUCAACUGUUCAGAGCUGCCCUUCAUAAUGUCAUUAAAACCCACAUGGACUACGAUAGAAUCGAUUUCCAUGUCCUGACUUAGUACAUUCGGGAGCAGCUUAGUAAUGUCAUUUACUCGAGCUCCGGGAUAGGACAUUGUUUUUGCACCAGGAACAGUCACAUUUCUUACCAUGGAGCUGCCCAAAAUCACGGCUGGCGAGAAGGACAAGGAACUUCGCCCACUCCCACACUUCACAGGAUGCAGGCCGACAGAUGGAGAAGCCCUGCUCGAUGUAGAGCAGGGACGGAAGGUUGAUGACUUCGAAAUCGUAGUAGUACACACUGCGGCCGCAGAUACAGGCACCCCCAGCGACGAAGGUGCUGGAAGAUCAGGCUCCAGGACGGCGAAACUAUUUGUUGUUUGUAUCCGCUCUGGGCCUCUCGUUGGGAGUGUAGACUGCUUUGCGGGAGGUCACUGUCUUCAGCUUCCACGGCUCGUGACAUGCGACCAUCAUUGAUUUUCCUUUCUCCUCAUGCUGUGCUCCUUUGACGGUGCUUUCAGAUGGGGGAGCUCUGGGCAACACCGGCCAGUCGGAUAAGGACAAACGAGAAGGCGGAGAUGCAUCAAACAAGCGUGAACGCCGUCCAGCCACCGUCGUAGAAAAUGUAAACAUUCCACUCUGUGUUUUCCCCAGUUUCUUACGUAGGCUGGUGACCUGCAUGAUCAAGGAAGCCACCUCAAGCCUAUAAUCCUCGGCAAGUAAACAAUUGCCGCAUUGGAACUCUGAGUGAUCCGGUUUGUCCCGAAACAAAGCGUAAUAGAUACAGCUCCUACAGCGCUGGAACCGUUCAUUUAGUUCUCCAGACAAAGAGGGCUCCAUUGCUAAAUGAAUCUGGUAGUUACUUUGUUAGCUUGAUGGCUAGCAUCUUAGCAUCUCUGUUAAGCAGGCUUCAACCUGUCUCUUAAGCAGGAUUCCGGGACAAGAAAUAGCGGUCCUAGCUGUUAAAAGCUAACCGCGUCGUGGAAUCCACGCAAAAACAAGUUCUGUAUUCAUUUUUAUGAAUAGCGUUUUUGAUUUAAUCCAAAAUAACAAACCAAGUGUUUUCCAGCAUACAAUGUUCAGCUGCGCGGGGAGAAAGUUUGUCUCUACUCUUGAUCGUUUCUGUAUUGACCCUAAAUGCCAAUAAUACAGUUAAAUCAAAUCAAAUCAAAUGUUAUUGGUCACAUGCGCCGAAUACAACAGGUGCAGACAUUACAGUGAAAUGCUUACUUACAGCCCUUAACCAACAGUGCAUUUAUUUUUAACAAAAAAAGUAAAAAUAAAACAACAACAAAAAAAGUGUUGAGAAAAAAAAGAGCAGAAGUAAAAUAAAAUAACAGUAGGGAGGCUAUAUAUACAGGGGGGUACCGUUGCAGAGUCAAUGUGCGGGGGCACCGGCUAGUUGAGGUAGUUGAGGUAAUAUGUACAUGUGGGUAGAGUUAAAGUGACUAUGCAUAAAUAAUUAACAGAGUAGCAGCAGCGUAAAAAGGAUGGGGUGGGGGGGCAGUGCAAAUAGUCCGGGUAGCCAUGAUUAGCUGUUCAGGAGUCUAAUGGCUUGGGGGUAGAAGCUGUUGAGAAGUCUUUUGGACCUAGACUUGGCACUCCGGUACCGCUUGCCGUGCGGUAGCAGAGAGAACAGUCUAUGACUAGGGUGGCUGGAGUCUUUGACAAUUUUGAGGGCCUUCCUCUGACACCGCCUGGUAUAGAGGUCCUGGAUGGCAGGAAGCUUGGCCCCAGUGAUGUACUGGGCCGUACGCACUACCCUCUGUAGUGCCUUGCGGUCGGAGGCCAAGCAGUUGCCAUACCAGGCGGUGAUGCAACCAGUCAGGAUGCUCUCGAUGGUGCAGCUGUAGAAUUUUUGGAGGAUCUGAGGACCCAUGCCAAAUCUUUUCAGUCUCCUGAGGGGGAAUAGGCUUUGUCGUGCCCUCUUCACGACUGUCUUGGUGUGUUUGGACCAUGAUAGUUUGUUGGUGAUGUUGACACCAAGGAACUUUAAGCUCUCAACCUGUUCCACUACAGCCCCGUCGAUGAGAAUGGGGGCGUGCUCAGUCCUCUUUUUUUUCCUGUAGUCCACAAUCAUCUCCUUUGUCUUGGUCACGUUGAGUUAGCUGUUGUUGGCAAGGUAGCUAGCUGAAGUAAGCUAUGCACAUCUUUUUCUGACGUGUGACAUGACAUUACAUGUUAGCUUGAUGUUUUUAGCUAGCAACAGUAUCAUUCCCCUUUCAUCUGUGGUAUCAUAGCUAGCCUGGCUCGCUAGGAUGAUCAAAUAAUGUUGUAUAACCAAAAGUAGUACCAGCUAUCUACUUACCUACUCACCAACACCAGUCACAGGUUUGACAUUUGACAGACAGCAGAAGUGGAAGUUUUGGAUGUAAUCCAUUCCUGGCCAUUAGAGUUUGGCACGGGAACAGGACUCCCGCUGGUCUUGCAGGUCCCGCGGGACAGGAUCGAAAGACCACAGGCACGGGAAUAGUUAUGAAUAGUUAUGAACUGAGUUUUUUUCUUUUGGGUUAGAAAUAUGUAAUGUGUGGAGCAUUUCAUAAAAUAAAUAUUGUUUACUUAAUACAAAUCUAUACAAAAUAAAUUGUAAUUUUCCCCCUCCCCCUUCCGUCGACUCACUCACUCCAGUUGUAGACAGUCACUACUUUACCUCAGAUGCCAAUGUACAUCAGUGAAUAAUGAAGCCUUCAAGAGAUGAAUUGCAACAUCUUGUUGAAGCCAAGGACCCAUCAAUAACAUUAGAGCCAUUAAAAGGAAAGAGCAAUGUUUUAGCUACAUUUUAUAGAUGUGUUUUUGACAACGAAGGAACAGAGUACACGGCUUGUAAAAUAAGCCAUAGUUCAAUCAACAACGUUACCGGUCUAGCCCAAUUGGUCCUUUUUAAAAUGCAUGCGGAGACACACACACAAUGAGUUCAUCCAACUCUGAGUAAGUAGAAGGGCUGCCUUCAUUGCUAGAAUCUUGUAAUAUGGUUGUUAUCAGCUGACACUUUAGUCAUCACCUUUGUGCACAAAACAUCCAUUGAGUUAUUCAAAUAAUUGUCACAUUUUUCCCCCCAUCACUGACAGCCGAAGAUAUUAACAUGUUAUUUUCAUCCCAAUGUCUGCCAUGUUUUUGGAUGACGUGCUGACAUCAUCGCUGCUCCCUGUGCACACUGAGUGCUAGUGUGCAUGUGAAGUAUGCGAACGUGAGUAGAUUACCGACAACAGUCGGACAUCUUGUACGCAGUCUCCAGUUAUUUUAUACCUCAAUGGGACAGACAGACUAGCAGCUAACAGAGGACGUUACAGUGCCUUCAGAAAUUAUUCACACCCCUUGAAUGUUUCCACAUUUUGUUGUGACAGGCUGAAUUUAAAAUAGAUUAAAUUGAGACCUUUUGUCACUGGCCUACACAAAAUACCCCAUAAUGUCAAAAUGGAAUUAUGUUUUUCAAAAUGUUGAGUCAGUAAGUAUUGCCCGUUGUUAUGGAAAGCCUAAAUCAGUUCAGGAGUAAACAUUUGCAAUAACAGUGUUUAACAGGAUUUUUGAAUGACUAUCUAAUCUUUGUACCCCACACACGCAAUUAUUGGUAAGGUCCCUAAGUCGAGCAGUACAUUUAAAACCGAUUCAAUCACAUAGACCAGGGAGGUUUUCCAAAGCAUCACAAAGAAGGGCACCUAUUGGUAGAUGGUUAAAUAAAAAGCAGACAUUUAAUAUCCCUUUGAGCAUGGUGCAGUUAAUAAUUACACUUUGGAUGGUGUAUCAAUACACCCAGUCACUACAAAGAUACAGGCGUCCUUCCUAACUUAGUUGCCGGAGAGGAAGAAAACUGCUCCGGGAUUUCACCAUGAGGCCAAAGGUGACUUUAAAACAGUUUCAGAGUUUAAUGCUGAAAUAUGCAACUUUUUGGGUGUGCUUGCGUGCAUGCGUGUGGUUUGACCUGUUCAUGCCAUGUCAGAAUGAGGCUGGUGUGCAGUACAUCACAGGCACAAAGGUGCACAACCCAAUCCUCUGGGAGCCAAGACGACUGGAGCCAAUUUAAGCUAUUGAAAACUGUUUCUCUUUGAGUAACAUAAUAUUGAUUCAAGUCCUAACACAUUCCUAUUUUAUUCCUGUUCAUUAAAGCCCAAUAAGCAUAGGCUGAUUAAAGUACUGUCACAGGCUAAAGUUACGGUCUGAGUGUGCAAUAUUAACCUGGAAGAAGACAUUACACCUCAGUGUUGAAGAUCAUUCAAACUACUGUUUUAUGCAUUUUGUAAGUGACAUAUCUUUUUUGUUUGUUUUCAGCAUGAAAGAGUGUCCAGGUAAGCUGCUUUCAUCUCAGUUCACUUUAUCAAAAGACAAAGGAGGGCUUCAGAUUUUCAUUACCAGGCAUUCACACACAUCCUAACAGCCAUUGGUCAACUUUAUUACUCAGGCCCCCAUUGCACCCGACUUUUAUUACAAUUAGGGUCAAAAGUAUAUUGACGAUCAAGCUCUGACACAGUGAAGUAGGUUCAGGUUCAGUCAUUUGGAAUAUCUGUCCUAUCUUUCCCUCAGGCUGGACUCGUCUGGUGCUUACGACAGAGAGGCCUAUGAUGCUCGCAGGGAAAACAGAAUGGCAGCGCGGAAAAAGGCUGAGGAAGAGGCAGGAUGCACGGACUAUAAGAAGGCAACCUGA